AUGUAUUCAUUUAAUAUUAAACAAGAAUCGGACCUAUUUGAACGUAUUUUUUGUACAAAUGGACGAGAGUUUACUACACAUGUUCUUGAUAAUCAUAGUCGAGAAUUUAUUAGAGUUCAUCGUAAAUUUCAACGUUGUUCUGUACGUGGUACUUCUGCAGGUUGUAUGCAAGAGGCUUUCCUUGAAUGUCCGUCAGGACAAAUUAUUGGCACUGUUCAACAAGAGUACCAAAAUGAUUGCAUAGACAAUCGUAGUUCUAUUAUCAAUCUUGGUCUCAUUUAG